CCAGAAUGUGCAAGGUGGAGGCAGGAGGAUUAGAAGAUGAAGAUCAUCUAUCUAUACAAGACCCUGUUCCAACAAGAGAGGCAGGUGGGUGAUUCCAUCUGAGGCUUGUCCACGUGGAAGACACAGGAGCAGAUGUGCACCAGUGCCCUGGACACUGGCCUCCUGGAGGUGUGUUUACCUUUGUACCCUCAUUGAUUCCUUCUAGUCCUACAUGCCAGGCGCCCUGGCCAGCUGGCAGAUCUGCUCUAGUUUGCUGACCUUAGCCUGUGUCAAUCCUGUCCUCUAGGCUACCUUGCUCUGGGAUAUCUCCAACUUCCUAUAGCUGCCUGCUCUGACACCCUGCCUCCACUUCUCCCUAGGUAUACAAGCUCUUCCUUCCUAAGAACGUUCUGUCCCUGUAACAUGUUGUCCUUGGAGAGCCAACAACCAUUCCCAUAGAGCUUUUCUGAUGGAGGGAUGAAUGAUGGCACCCCAAAAGAUGUCCACAUCUUGACACUUGGCAAAGAGAGCUCUGGGAGCUGGGAGGAUGGCUCCAGGGGUGAACUACUUACUCACCCACAGCAUGAGGACCGGGGUCAGAUACACCGCACUCGUAUAAUUAGUGUCCCAGCACUAGGAGGCAGGAUGGGGGCUCUGGAGGCCUGCUCUGGCCAGUUUGGUGUCUCAAAAACUAAGGUGGAGAGCAACAGAGGAGGACGUCCUAACCUCUGGCCUCUGUGCACAGACUCACAGUUAAGGGGGAAAAGGACCACAGAUUCGAUCAAGGGUGGUGAGAUGGGACUGCAUCCUGAUCUUAUCUGGAGGAGCUCAGAUGCAGCUCCACUAAUGGAACAGAGGGAUAGCUGACCCCAAAGAAGCCAACACGGUCAUGAAGGUGGAGGCUAGAGUGACAGGAAUCUUGCCCUGGAAUGGGGUGCACACGAGACCUAGGUUUUGGGUCUCUGGCUGCAGUUUUCAUGGAUUGUGGUAUCUUGUUCCAGCAGCCCCAGGGGAGGAACACAAAUCACAAGGAUUGAACAAAUGAUGGCAGACCUAGCCCCAAGUUACACUGCUUGUGAUGUAGGCCUGUGGGGCUCCCCUGAGCUUGUUCCCCCAGGAAGAAUUUCCACUGCCUGGCCUUGCAUUUCCCAUCCAGAGCCUCUAGCAGCUUACCAGCUUGGGAGGCAAGGGGUCGGUCCUAAGCCACAGAGCAAAGCAGCUGUCUUGAGAAUCCAUGUACAUGUCUGGAAGUUAUCCUCUGGCUACAAGGUGACUUUAGGGUCCCCAGACCAGACCCAUGUAGAUAAGCCAGCACACCUACUGCCCAUCCCUGGUGGUGAAGACAGGGUGGGCAAAGACAUUUUAUAACCAUGCACAAACUAUCAGACGCUGCUUUAACAGCAGCGAGGAGGUUCCAUGUCUGGUGAAGUCAGCACAUGCUGCCGGCUGCCCAGGGCCCCAGUGGGAGGGCCACAUAGGAGGCCCCAGUGGGGGGCCACACAGGAGGCCCCAGUGGGAGGGCCACAAAGGAGGCCCCAGUGGGAGGGCCACAUAGGAGGCCCCAGUGGGGGGGGCACAUAGGAGGCCCCAGUGGGGGGGGCACACAGGAGGCCCCAUUGUUCGGUGCUCUCAGGUGGAGGUUACACACGUGCCCUGGGGAGGUCACAGCUGCCUGAACCUUUAAAACUGGCAGGGCAGGGCAGGGCAGGGCAGGCUGGCAUUGCCGGGGCGGCGACCCACAGUGCCAGCAGCUCUGCAAGUGCACUCUGCUUUUUGCUUUUUCCCUUCAUACAUUUUGUAAAAAGAAUUUUCCUUUAAAAGGAAAGGAGAAAUUACUAUCAGAAUAUUCCAGGUUUUGGGCAGAAUUCUCAUCUCCAUAUCCGGCUUGGUCAUCCGUGGAGUGAGCUCCCUAGUCCGUCAGCAGUCCUAGAGCAGACUUGGGGAUUCACCCCACUGACAGAGCAGGUCUGUUCUGGUUAGUCCCAUCUCUGGCGACCACAGCCUCUCAGACUAGCGUUGCUCCCAGGAUCAGCUUUCAGGAUGCGAUGCACAGCGCCGAUGGGGGUCUUGUUCACCCUGGUCAGCCUGCUGGAGCUGGCUGUGACUCUGAGAAUCGCAGCCUUCAACAUCCGGACUUUCGGGGAGACUAAGAUGUCCAAUGCCACCAUCUCUAGCUACAUUGUGAAAGUAAGUUCAGGGUGGCCCAUGCCUGAGAGCAGACAGACCCCAGGGGAGAUGGUAGCUUCCCUAAGGCCCCGGAAGUCAGUGAGCCUCAGGCCUUACCAGCACCUGGGUGGAUGUCAGGGUUGUCGGAUAUUUGGCUGUCUGAUGCCCGGGGCUGCUGGCGGCAGGGCUGUCCACCCAGCCUGUCUUGCUAAGCUCUUGUGGCCCUUACCCCAGAUCCUGAGUCGCUAUGAUAUCGCCGUUGUCCAAGAGGUCAGAGACAGCCACCUGGUGGCCAUUGGGAAGCUACUGGAUGAACUCAAUCGGGCCAAACCUGACACCUAUCGCUAUGUGGUCAGUGAGCCUCUGGGCCGCAGCAGCUACAAGGAGCAGUACCUUUUCUUGUACAGGCCCGACCAGGUGUCUGUUCUGGACAGCUAUUACUAUGAUGAUGGCUGUGAGCCCUGCGGAAAUGACACCUUCAGCCGAGAGCCGGCCAUUGUUAAGUUCUUUUCCCCUUUCACUGAGGUCAGAGAGUUUGCGAUAGUGCCCUUGCACGCAGCCCCAACAGAUGCUGUGACUGAGAUUGACGCCCUCUAUGAUGUUUACCUGGAUGUCCAAAAAAAGUGGGACCUGGAGGACGUCAUACUGAUGGGGGAUUUCAAUGCUGGCUGCAGCUACGUCAGCUCCACCCAGUGGUCUUCCAUCCGCCUCCGGACGAGCCCCGCCUUCCAGUGGCUGAUCCCCGACAGUGCUGACACCACGGUCACGUCCACACACUGUGCCUAUGACAGGAUUGUGGUUGCUGGCGCUCUGCUCCAGAGUGCCGUUGUUCCCAACUCAGUUGGUCCCUUUGACUUCCAAGCAGCAUUCGGACUCAGCAAGCAGCUGGCGGAAGCCAUCAGUGACCACUACCCAGUGGAGAUGACCCUCAAGUGAACCUGAUGUCAUCAAGCAUCACAGCCAUAUGCUUGUGGUGAGGAAGACUCCAACUGUCCAACCAGACAUGUAUGGUAGUGCAGCGUUCUACUGC